GGAGAAGCUGUUUCUUAAAAACAUGACCAGCACUGUUGUCCAUCACAAGGUGAUCAGUUUUGGAACAGUGGAACUAACAAUUCGUUUCUGGGUAGCCCUGUGCUCCUAGGCCAACUAUAGUAUGGAUCACUAUGAGGAGUGUAAGACCUGGCUGAACGUGGCAAUGGCCAAAGAAGAGUAUGGGCGACCGUAUGCCGAGCUGGAGGAGUGUUACCAGAAGGUGCUGCAGUGUGCCGACCAGGCUCAGAUCCCCUGUCUGCAGUUAGUGGAGCGUGGUUUCAGAGAAGUCUCCCAACUUCUUUCAAAGCAACGAAACAGACUGCAAAUUACCGAACCUGGGGAUCUGAGACUCCUGAGUGACAAUCAGCGUGAUGUUGAGAAGCUGAUAUCACGGCACCAAGCCCAUUCAUCUCAUCGAAAGGUGAAAAAGCAAUGAAGUAGUUGGACUACUAAUGUAGACUCUAAAAUUGUUGAUGAAAAUUGCUCUUACUGUAAUUAUAGAAACAAUUUUAUUUAUAGCUUUAAAUAGAUUUGAAUAAUUUUG